CCAAUCAGGUGUUCGACGAAAUGAUUCUUCAGACGUCAUUGAUCACGUGCUGCUGAUAAAGCGACAGUGCUUUGAAUUAUACCGCUUAGCGACUUCAGUACAUGCCUCAUAGCUCCAGUCUCAAACUUAACCCCGUUCCUGCUGAAGAAGAGAAGGUCUGCUGGAUGGAGAAAGAAGCUCUCGUGAAAGAGGGGGAGGAGGAAGAGGAGGCUGUUAUACAAAAACAAGUAGAAGGUGAGGCUGUUACCGUGAAAGAAGUAGAGAAAGACGUUACAGAGGAAGAGGAGGACGACGACGUUUCAGUGAAAGAAGAGGAGGGUGAGAUGACUGUCACAUCGAAAAAUGAAGAGGACGAAACUGGAUAUCUGGUCCCGGUUUCCCAAACGCAUCUUCAGGCAUCCGGUUCUAAAGAUGAACGUAACACUCGAGAGAGACGUGACUAUCAUGGAUCCUCUGGGGAGCCUCAACAACCUCAUGAUGUUGAAGAGGCAGAGAAGAGUCUCUCCACAUCAAAACACCUCAAGAAACACCAGCAGAGACCCACAGGGAAGAAAUCUCACUUCUGCUCUGACUGUGGGAAAGGUUGCACAUCUUCAUCAGAACUUAAAAUACACAAGAGAACACACACAGGAGAGAAACCGUAUAGCUGUGGUCAAUGUGGGAAGAGUUUUACUCAGCUAAACAACCUGAUAGUACACCAGCGUACACACACUGGAGAGAAACCUUAUAGCUGUGAUCAAUGUGGGAAGAAUUUUACUAUAUCUAGCUCUCUGACUAUACACCAGAGAACACACACAGGAGAGAAACCUUAUAGCUGUGAUCAAUGUGACAAGAGAUACGCUGAUAAAAGAUCUCUGAUCAAACAUCAGAAAAUGCAUACAAGAAGAAGUUGUUUCAUGAUAUCAAUGAAGUAAUGUCACAAUGUAGAAUGUUUUAACAUUGUAGUAGGAGUAUUUUAAUUUUGUCACAAUGUAGAAUGUUUUAACAUUGUAGAAGGAGUAUUUUAAUGAUGUUCUACCUUAUCCUUAUCCUUUGCCCUGUUCAGUUGAUUGCAGCAUGAUAUGGAUAUUAGCCUCAGGGGAAAAUCCAGGCUCUGAAUUGAAAGAGUAUUAUUUAACAAAAAGUGACUAACAAAAAAAAGAGCUGUGUUACACUUACUGCAUUGGUGACCCACUUUAAUCAAAAUGCAGCACUUCAAAAUGUAGCUAGCUGUUUUCUACAAGUUGAAAAAGCUGCUUGUUUAAAAAAAUACAUGUAAUAUGAUCAAUGUUGCAGAUGUUUGUGUAUAUACACACAUGAAAGCAGUAUAAUAAAUUGGUCUAUAAUCAAU